AUGGGAGAGCGCGGCGCGCAGCGGGGCGGGCCCGGACGGGCGGGACGCGGCGCCGCGGCCAAUGGGAGCGCAGGGUUUGGUUGGCCGGUGGCGGGGGGGGGCGCACGGACGCGCGUUCCUGGAGCGGGGCGGGGCCGCCGGGCAUUGUGGGAAGGUGGCGGACCGGGCGCCCAUGGCGGGGCGGGCCGGGAUGGGAGCGGACCCUCCCGUGACCGGGCGCGGUCGGGCCCAGCGCGGAGCCGCCGCCUCCCCUCGCUCGCUACGGGCCCGCGGUUGGGCCACGCCGGGCGGGUGGGGCCUUGGCGGCCGCUGGGAUGGCGGCACAGGGCGGGCCCGGGUCCCGGACGUUGCGGCACCGCUCGGAGCCGCCAGCGGUGCCCGGAGCGGGCCGGGCCCGAGCUGUGUGGGACGGGCGCGGCUCAGCCCGCAGACCCCGCCAGCCCAGCCCUCGGGCCGAGCCGGGAGAGGCUGGGGCCGAGCCGGGAGAGGCUGAGGCCUCGCCGGGCCGGCCCUGUGCUCCUGGCUCCGGCCGUGUCCCGGCAGAGCCGCCCCGAGCCUGGGUGCCACUGCCAGCCCUCCCGAGCUCUCCGUCUCUCCACACAGCGUGUCAGGGCUGCUUUCAUCCCAGGUCUCCUCGUUGCUUUCCACCAGGAAACAGCCAGGAGAACUGUUCCUCCCUCAUCACACACCUCUGGCACAGGCCUCAUGCUCAUUUUGCUUUGGCAGCUGGAAAUUACUCAGCAGACAGAAGUGCUCAGCGCACCCAGGAUCCGUGCCACAGUGGCUGUUCCCUGUGACCUGUUGCCCUUUGGAACUCCUGGACAGUCCUAAAGGAGACUGAAGUCCCUGCAGCACUGCCCUGACUGGACAGGGCACUUGAGCUCUUUGCAUGUCCUCAGGCUGUGAGGGUGACACAGGUGACACUCUGGGCCUGCUAAAGAGCCCCAAGUUAGGAUUGCUGGGCUGCUCUGAACCACAAGGUGCUGUGUGUUGGAAGCUUGUUUUGGUUGCCUUCUCUUAGGCAGGAUGAAAAUCUAAAGGCCAGCAGAUCCCGAGGAAAUUUCCACAGUUUGCUAAAAGAAAAGGAGAAAUAAAAUUUGCAUCCAGGCUCUGGA